AUGAAGAAAUCAUUCAAAGAAAAGAGAGAAACAAAGAAAGAACUAGAGAAAAUGAAGAAGGAGAUGGAGGAAUAUAAGAUGACACAAGAAGCUGCAAAUGAUGUGCUUGCAAUGAUGCAGAUGCAGAUACGGGAAAAGACGUUAAGAUUCAGAAACAUCAGUGAAAAACAAAAUGAGGAUAUAGAAAAAAGAAUAAUAGAAGAGCUAGCAAAAUGGCUAGAAGUUGAAGAAGUGGACUUAGAACUUCCUGGCAUGGUGCCCCAAGUGCAUACUGUUGUUUGCAGUGGAACUAACCCUGUGGAUAUUACACAUGAGUGGUAUGAAGGAGGUGACCUGGUAAUUGGUGGGAUAGCGUCUCUUAUCCGUUACAUAUUCCCCAUCCUUUCCUUCAAGAAACACCCUUCUCAUGGCUUUAUUAAUAUCCCAGUGGUGAUAACAAAGUACUACCAACACAUUCUGGCCUUGGUGUUUGCUGUUGAUGAGAUCAAUGAGAAUCGCAAGAUCUUGCCCAAUGCCACUCUUGGAUUCCACAUCUAUGAUAGCUAUUUUGAUUCAAGGAUGACCUACCAAACCACUCUGGAUUUGCUCUUUAAAGCACAUCACUUUGUCCCCAACUACAUUUGUGGCAUUCAGAAAAAUGUAGUAGGAAUUAUUGGGGGACUUAGCUCUGACACCUCCUCAUCCAUGGCCGAUGUCUUACGUCUUUACAAGAUUCCACAGAUUUCAUAUGGUUCAUUUCAACAAGCCAUGAAUGAUCAAAUCAGAUUCUCUUCCUUUUACCGCAUGGUUCCCAAUGAAAGACUUCAGUAUCAGGGAAUUAUCCAGUUACUUUUGUAUUUCGGAUGGAAAUGGGUUGGGGUCAUCACUCCAGAUAAUGAAGCUGGAGAACGUUUCCUACAGACUAUUGAGUCAAUGAUUUUCAAGAAUCAGAUGUGCUCAGCAUUCACAGAAACGAUUGAGUACCAUCUGCAUUUCACCGGUAGCUUUCGAGAUACCUUAGAUGAUUCAAUGCGUGGAUCAAAGCUAUUCACACGAGUAUUAAUGAGCAAAGCCAAUGCUGUUGUUAUAUAUGGAGAAAGUCAAUCUAUUGGAUGGCUGUUAAAUGCUGCAAAGACAACGACAGUUAUUCAGCUAAUAUAUCAUCCACAUAUGAAGUUACCUGAAGGAAAAGUGUGGAUUACAACAGCUCAAAUGGAUUUCCUAUUAGAUAUGUUUCAAAAAGGGGUAGACUCGAACUUACAAAUGUUCCAUGGUGCUAUCUCCUUUGCUAUCCACUCCAAGGAGACUCAAAGCUUCCAGGACUUUCUUCAGCAUGUAAACCCUUAUUGGGAAGAUGGAGAUGGUUUUAUCAAAGAUCUCCACUCAUUCCUGAAGAGGAUCUCAUUCAACAACAGUGCUGGGGAUGAAAUUGCAUUAAAUGAACAUGGAGAGUUAGAAGCUGGCUUUGAUAUCACAAACUUAGUCACUUUCCAAAAUGGAUCAUAUGUCAGGGUCAAAGUGGGGAGGCUGGAUCCUCAGUCCCCUCCUGGCAAAGAGCUCACCAUUAAUGCGGAAAGAAUCAAGUGGCAUAGUGGGUUCACUCAGGAACCGCCGCUUUCAAUAUGUAAUGCCAACUGCCGUCCUGGUUAUGGAAAGAGAAAGAAGGAGGGGGAGAAGUUUUGUUGUUAUGAUUGUGAUCCAUGUCCUCGUGGGAUGUUCUCAAAUGAGAAGGCUAUGGUACUUGGCAUUUUCAUUAAGCACCGGGACACUGCCAUCGUCAAAGCCAAUAACAGAAGCCUCACUUACAUUCUCCUCAUCUCCCUCCUCUUGUGUUUCCUUUGCUCCUUGAUGUUCAUUGGAAUGCCUAAUAAGGCAACCUGCCCAUUCCGACAAACGGCUUUUGGCAUUGUCUUCUCUGUGGCCCUCUCUAGCAUCUUGGCCAAGACUAUUUCAGUGGUUUGGGCAUUCAUGGCUACCAAGCCAGAUUCCAAAAUCAGGAAGUGGGUAGGCAAAAAACUGGCUUAUUCCAUUGUCCUUUCCUGCUCUGUGAUUCAAGUAGGAAUCUGUGCCUCCUGGUUGGCAACCUCCGCCCCAUUCCCAGAUGUGGACAUGCACUCAAUGACUGAAGAAAUAAUAUUCUUAUGUAAUGAAGGGUCAGUCCUCAUGUUCUAUUGUGUUUUAGGCUACAUGGGCUUCCUGGCCACUGUCAGCUUCACUGUGGCCUUCUUAGCCAGGAAGUUGCCUGACAGCUUCAAUGAAGCCAAGUUCAUCACCUUCAGCAUGCUGGUCUUCUGCAGUGUUUGGUUCUCCUUUAUUCCCACAUACUUGAGCACCAGAGGAAAAUACAUGGUGGCUGUGGAGAUCUUCUCCAUCUUGGCUUCCAGUGCUGGCCUGUUGGGUUGCAUCUUUUCCCCUAAAUGCUACAUUAUUGUGGUGAGGCCUGAGCUGAAUAACAGAGAGCAGCUAAUACGGAGAAAGAUGUAA